GGAGAAAGGGAGAGAGAGAGGGAGGGCUGCGUGGCGUGAGGCAGUGCGUGCGCUCGAUGCUUAGGUGAAUCUACAGCCCUGUGCCUCACAACCAUAAAGCAGCCUCACUGAGUGCAUGCACGGCAGCAGCACAGGGACCUGUUUCCUCCUCCUGCUUUAUUUUUUUGUUUCCAUUCUCUCUCUCUCUCGCUCUCUCCCUUCCUCCCUCUGUAUAUUUUGGCUGCCGGCGUUUUUUUUUUGUUCGUCUCCGUCCUCCUCUUUCCCUUUUGCUUGCCUCCACCUCAGCCCAGAAAGAAGGAAGGAGCACCGGAGUCCGAGGCACCGUCCUCCCCGUCCUGCAUGCCCAGCCGGUGUUGGGUGCGGAUGCUGUAACCAGCGUGAGGAGCUGAGAAGCCCUGGUUGAUGCAGUGAAGUGUUCCAGCGGGACAAACACAAGCAAAGAAGGGGGCUCAUGGGAAACCUCCUGAAAGUGCUGGCUUGCGCCGAACUUGAGCAUGGGCCAAUAGUUUUCCUUGACUUUGAACAUGCCCAGCCCACCGAGGCAGAGACGGCCGUGUGGAACCAGGUCAGUGCUGUGCUGGAGGAGGCCCACGGGAUCCUGGCCGAGCUGCAGUCCUAUAACGGCGCGGGGCAGGAGAUACGAGAGGCUAUCCAGAACCCAGGCGACCUUGCUCUUCAGGAGAAGGCCUGGAACGCAGUCUGUCCCCUGGUGGCUAAGCUGAAGAGGUUCUAUGAGUUCUCCCUCCGAUUGGAGAAUGCCCUGCGCAGCCUGCUGGAGGCGCUGACGAGCCCGCCCUACGCUCCCAUGCAGCACCUGGAGCGGGAGCAGGCCCUGGCCAAACAGUUUGCUGAGAUCCUUCAUUUUACACUCAGCUUUGAUGAACUGAAGAUGACAAAUCCGGCCAUUCAGAAUGACUUCAGCUACUACAGGAGGACCAUAAGUAGGAACAGGCUGAACAACCAGCAGCUGGACGCAGAGAACGAGGUCAACAACGAGAUGGCCAAUCGGAUGUCCCUGUUCUACGCUGAAGCAACACCCAUGCUGAAGACCUUGAGCAACGCCACCACCAAGUUCGUUUCAGAGAAUAAGACCCUCCCCAUAGAGGACACCACAGACUGCCUGAGCACCAUGGCCUGUGUGUGCCGCGUAAUGCUGGAGACUCCGGAGUACCGCUGCCGGUUCACCAACACAGACACCAUGCUGUUCUGCAUGAGGGUGAUGGUGGGCGUCAUCAUCCUCUACGACCACGUUCAUCCUGUCGGAGCCUUCGCCAAAACCUCCAAAAUCGACAUGAAAGGCUGCAUCAAGGUGCUGAAAGAGCAGCCGUCCAACAGCGUGGAGGGACUUCUGAACGCACUGAGGUACACGACACGGCAUCUAAACGACGACAGCACCUCCAAACAAAUCAGAGCCCUGCUGCAAUGAAACAACUCCAGGGGAGAGGGAGAAAACGUUUGGCGCGCUCUUGGAAGACGGAGGGGAAGAAAAGGUCGCCGGAGGCUGAAAAAGCUUGUUUGUUUACAACGGACGGGGAGAACCACCUGUGGGUCAGGAGCAACCUGACGAUGGGAAAGAAGAAGAAUUUAAUUAUAUAUAUUAUCAGCUGUCAAUCAUUCUGUCUCUCAUUUUGUAAAGUAAGACAAGAAGGAAAAAAAAAAAAAAAAAAAAGCCAGAAAUGAAGAUUAUAGAUAUUUAUUAAAAGACGCAGAUUAACGGUAGGUAGGAUAACAGAAAGGAGCUAUAUUGGGAAAAAUUUAAGGUCCGAACCAAAAUGUAAGAAUAGCUAGAGUUCCAUGUUCCCGCUGUAGUCAGACCAGUAUUUUUACACACCCUUUGACAAACAAUGCCAUCUUCUUUCCUCCUGAAGUCCAACACUGGCUCCCGGACACUUUGCUGUUCCCGUGGGGAUCGUGGCUCGGCCUCUUGGUAUCCCUCAGCUGCACUGAUCUCCACCCACAGGCCAGCGAAGCAAUGUGAUGGAUCCACUCCGGAGAUUUGCUUCUGCCUCUGUCCCUUCUUUUCCCGCAUCAGUACAGCUGCGGGAUACAGGACACCCCCCCCCCCCAUUUGCUUCCCAUCCAUCCAUCCAUCCAUCCAUCCAUCCAUCCAUCCAUCCAUCCAUCCAUCCAUCCAUCCAUCCGUUUUCCUUUGGCACAAAGAAACCAAACAUCCCGUUCCAGCACAAAAACCGUUGUGAGCUGUCGUCUGGCUUUACUUGAAAAUCUUCACAUCUGCAUUUUCCUCUCCAUGGUGCUAACGUUUCUCAGAUUUCACGGCCCUAGCUUCUUAGAGAUAUCAUCCGGUUAAAAUAAGAGACGCACCCCCCCAUCCCCCCUUCCUCCCCAAAAGAAAAGAUGUUUUCCUGAUGGAUUAUACCCAGAAACGAGGCGAGAGAAGCAGAUCUGCUCUCAGGUUACCUCUGCUGCCAAGCUAGCGCUAAAGGAAGCAGAUCCAAGGGGAAAACUGGGAAUCCACAGCACACUUCCUCACCUAGUGCCAAAAGCCGACUCGUUUACACUCGCGCUACGUCAUCAAAACGGGCUACAUGGGGGUCUUGUAGUCCUGACACAUCACCGGUCAUUUUUUUUAACUACAAGAAGAAAUAGCAGGGAGAGAUCAGGCGUUGUUAGGGAGAUCUGAGCGUUCCAGUGUAAAUAAGCCAGGCUUCUCUUGUCCGACAUCUUCACACACUCGUCUUGGAUUCUCAGCCAACAUUCCCACCUCCACCCAACUAGACUUCUUUCUUUUUGUACGAACCCGACGACGCCAUUCAGCCAGUUGGAAAGAAAACUUUUUAAAAAAAAGAAAAAGGAGCUUGAGAAGAAGUGCUGUACCUUGGAUGUCUAUAGACAUUAGUCGGAUUUAAUUUAUAAUAUAUUUUCUAUACAGGGGUGCGUGCCCGGCCGCGCCCUGUACCGCAUACAUAGAUGGCAUGUUGUAAAAGUUCUGACAAGAGUGUGUAAAUAAGGUGUUUCUAUUCAUUUUUAAUUGUUCAGUGACGCUGAAUUCGGGUAUGUGUUGUCUCUCAGAAUUACCAUGCGUUUUGGCUUGGACCAUCGGACUUGCCGUAGUCAUAGGUUUCAGAAAUUCAGCUUCAUUAAGGCAAAUGAACCGGAGGGAGGGGGAGGGGCUCUCCAUUUGCUUGUUCUUUUGUAUAUUUUGUGCAACAAUAAAGCUGUCAUUUAUUACA